AUGGUAAAUCUUAACAUACCAGGUAACGCGUUUAGAUUAAAUCCAAGCAGUGAGAGGUUGGAAUCGAGACUGUAUGAGCUUGGAAACUUGGCAGAGGCUAAGAGAAAGCUCUUAAAUAAGAAGGGCAGUCCAAAACAGAGGAAAGCAUUCCUUGCCUCCUACAAAAAGAUAAGUGUUUUAGCUGGUGAAGUCAUAAGAGUCGAUGAAUGGAGAACAAAGAUUUUUAAUCUUGAAGAAAAGCUGGGUCUUGCAAAGGAAGAAAUAAACCACUGGAGGGAAAAAUUUCAUGAUCUAGAGAAGGAAAAGGAAAAGUUAUUUGAGGAAAUGCUGAGUGAGAAAAAUCUGAAUCUUUCAUGCAAAGAGGAAAGUGAGUUAAUGAAGAAGUAUGUUAGACAGUUGGAAAAUGACCAAUUUAAAAAGGUGAGGGGCACACCAAUUCCAGAUAUUAAGACAUCUCAAGCCAGGAACAGGAAGAUCAAAGAACUGAAAACUAGAGCACAGAAAGCUCUACUUUUUUGUUCUUUGUUUGGACUAGAAUUGGACCUUUUGAAGUUAAAGGAUCCAGAGGGGCUAAAAACAUACGCUAUAAACCUAUCGUCUCCCACUAGUCUUCCAUUGCCCACCUCAAUAGAUGGCUCGCAAUCACAAUCCACAGAUCAGGCAUCCAAUCAAAAAGAAACACAAUAUUCCAGACUCAGUGAGGAUGACAAAGCCAGAGUUGAGAGUAUACUCUACCUCAUUGACAAAUUUGGGGUUGGAGAUGAAUUCAUUCAUGAGCUGUCAAUGACUGUUGAAGGAUUACCCAAGUCAUAUCUCUUUAAACAAUGUAGGAAUGCAUUGAAUGAGAGUUGUUACAUCAAGUCCACCCCAGGCAAGGCCCCAGCGGCCCAGCACUCUUUUACAAAGCUAUUGGCUGAUCAAAUUCAAAACAUGGUAGGUGAAAAAGUUAAAGUGAAACUUAGUGGUGAUGGGGCACGUUUGAGCAGAGUCAGUAACUUCAUACUUUGCACUCUGUCAAUCCUUCAGAGCAAAGAGGACCUGCUUUCAUCAAAAGGUACACACACUAUUGCUGUUGUCAGUGGCCCUGAAAAUCAUGAAACUUUGGCUGAAAGCUUCAAAGAGGUGUUCAGUGAAGUCAAUGAAAUUCAAGACAGGGGCCACAUAAUUGUUGAUGGCAAGCAAGUUGAGAUUGAGCUGUUUCUUGGUGGUGAUUACAAGUUCCUUUUGCUGGUUAUGGGCAUAAGUGCAGCAAAUUCAACUUAUGCCUGCUUAUGGUGCAAAGUUCACAAGAAAGACAGAGGUGAUAUGAGCAAGCCUGAUAAUUUCUAUGAUAAGGAUCCUAUUCGAAGAACUUUGCAAGAAAUAAAACAAUUUGCCACCAAGUCUAAAGGAGAGAACUAUUGCUGUGUCCACCAGCCUUUACUUAACAUCCCACUAGAUCACAUCAUUCUAGAUGAGCUCCAUCUAAUGCUCCGUGUUACUGAUGUGCUGAUAAGCAACCUUAUUGAAGAUGUAAUGCAAUGGGAUGAAAAAGAUAACUUUUUGUCAGAGAAGAAAUCCACAAGCUCAGAACAGAAACACCUGGAUAAUUUAAUCCAGGGUAUUAGGAGUUGUGGGGUUUCCUUCUCUGUUUGGGAGAAGAGAAAUGCAGAUGGGAAGGGAUCAGGAACUUGGGAUUGGACCAGCCUUAUGGGAGAUGAUAGGAAAAUUCUCUUAAAGGAGCUUCCAGGAAAGAUGGAAUCACUGAUCCAGCAGGAUACAGCAAGAACUGUUGUGGAGUUGUGGAAGGGAUUUGCUGAAAUGUACUUCAAGUUCAUUUCAUCAUUUGAACCUACAGACAUUGAUGAGUAUCACCAAAAGAUCAAGACCUGGAUUGACACCUUUGCUAACUUGGGGCACAAGAGAGUUGGUUACACAAGAGAACGAGUCACUUGCUACCUGCAUUCUGCUGCAUAUCACAUUCCCAAUAUGGUGAAGAAAUAUGAAAACCUGAAGCAGUUCAGUGGUCAAGGAGUAGAGAAAAAUAAUGACGAUGCUAGGAGAAUCAUUCAAAGAAAAACCAAUCACACAGAUGACCCUGCUGACAUCUUGCGAGCUGAGCACCGCAUUCGGUUGCUAAAGCAUAGGGGAAGGAAGUCUCGUAAAUACUUAAAGAAGGCCACUGAGUACUGGGAGAAUACUAUCAAAGAAAAGCGACGCAAUAGUAAACGUCUUAGCUUUGAGAAACCCCUCAGCAAUGAGGUGACAGAAAAUGUGCCUGUAACACUGGGACCUCCCACUAAUCUUACACCAAGAACUAGAAAAAGGAAAAGGUCCACUAAUAAAUCAAAAUCUGAUUUGAAAAGCAAACAAGUAAAAAAGUAA